AUGACGGAUAAAGAAGAACUCCUAAAUACAACAUCUUUGAAUCGUUCUUUUAUUCAACUAAUAUCAACUGCAGAUGAUUAUGGAUUUCAAUCAAUUAUAGAAAAAUUUCUACCAUUAUUAAUUCGAAGUAUAGAAAAUCAAACAGAUGAUUUUCGAAAAAAGGCAUUAGAAAUUUUUUUGCACGUAAACAAACGUAUAAAAAGUCGUCCAGAAAUUCAAAUACCUGUGCAAAGUUUACUCGAAAUUUUUACAACAACAACAAAUUGCUCACCAUUUGCUUCGAAUUUUUCCAUCAUGUACAUCAAACUUGGGUAUAUGAGAUUGUCGGUGGAUGUUCAAGCAAAAUUAGUUCCUUUGUUAUUGCAAGCAUUAAAAGAACGAUCGAUACCACAUCAAGAACUUUUAAUGGGCUUGGUCGUAUAUGGCAUUCAAAAUCUCAGAUUAAUACCAAAUGACAAUGUGAAUAAAACAAAAUAUGGUCUCGUUGAUCAACCAACUAUUCGUCAUACAUUCUUAACAUUUUUACUCAAUGUUUUAUUGAUGCCCUAUAAAUUUGAAGAUACAAAAACUAACGUAUCUGCCCCUUUCACAGUAUUACGUACUCCGCGAAACUCUCAACCUCUACAGCAGCAAUCAACAACAGUAGAACAACCAUCGACAGAAAUGGAUCUAUCCGAAGAUAUUUUGGGAACAGCAGGAGAAGACCAAACGAAAGACAUAGUUAAAGAGCCGUAUCCAUGUUUAAAUGAACAGUUAUAUAAACGAAUAACAGAUGCUAUUCAAACAACAGACUUGGUUGUCGUCGAGAAACUCAAAGCUGGCAUACUCAAAUUUCUUAUGUCAAAUGUUUAUUUAGAAGAUGAAAUGGCAUUUCAUUUUGUUUUAGCCACAGCCGACUCUCGUUACACGGUUGUAUUGGCUGCUGAACAUGAUAUUAAACGUAUUAACGUUGCCAUUGAUUGGAACGCAAAACAACAUGUACAAAAAUUAUUCGAAUUUUUUUUGGGUUCAGCUAAAACAAUGAAAAAUCCACAACCAAAUGAUAUGAAUCGUCAUCCAUCAAAUACACGUUUGAGAUUAAAAUUAUUCCCAUAUUUAUUAAGAUCGAGAGCGGCAUCUUCUCUCUUUCCACAUGCUAUUCAGAUUGUUUAUGAAAGUUUGUUUGGAACGUCAACGAAUGCACGAAUAAAAUAUUAUGCAUUACAAUUUCUUCAGAAUAUUUUACAAAAUGCUGAACAAGAAAGUUUAUCAUCUGUUUCCAAAUUGAUAUUGUAUGCAUUAGAAAAACUUUUAAAUACCGAAGUAGCAAAAACUCCAGAUUCCUCUCGAUUACGAUCAUUAAGUUAUGUUCUAAUUGGAAAAUUAGCCUAUCGUUUACCUCAAUUGUUAUGUAAUGAAAUACGUUUAACUCAAUUAUUUUUUCAAGCAUUACAAACCGAAGAUAACGAAUGCUGUUUACAUAUUCAAGAAGCACUAAGUAUGUUAUCCUAUUCUCAAAAACAAACAAAUGUUGCUAAUAAACAUAUAUUGCAACAAUUAUUAACAGAACAAGUUAAUCUCGCUAAUUAUCCACAAUGUCGUCAAGCAGCGGUUAAUUAUGUUCAAAAUGUGUUUCCAUCAAAUGAUUGUGCAUCACGUUUUAUUUUGUUAAUGACUUGCAGUGAUCAAAAUGAAGAUAUAAGAUCAUUAGCAAGGAAAAGUUUAUUAGAUGACAGUAAUAAUCAAUAUCCAAAUUUUUUUGAUUUAUUAAAAUUAGUUAUUUCAAAUGCUAAUGGACAAUACACAAUUGGUACUCAACAAUUAGUUUAUCAUCCAAAGACAUAUCAAGAAAUAAUUUAUUAUCUACAUCGUUGUUUAAUUCAAGAAAAUUUACAUGAAAAAUCGACACCAUUGUGGAAAUAUGAAGAACAGUUAAUAAAGAUUUAUGACAAAGUAAAUAAUGAUCAACAAAACACAGUAACGGUCCAAUGGUACAAUUAUAUUCAGUUAUUAUUAGACUAUGUUGUAGUUGUACACGAUUGUUUAUCGACUUAUUAUCUAUUUGAAUCAAUUCUUAUUGCUUAUCAUUUGAAACAAAAUGAAAAUUUACUCAAAUUUUGCAGUGAUAAUUUAAGUUCAUUUCGCCAGUUAUGUUUAUAUUCUACACGUGAUGAUACUCGUUUUUAUUCGUCAGUAAUGUAUGCCUACAUAUUUGCUCAACAAUCAGAUAUACAAUUAGAUGAAUUAUUUAAAUAUGCUACAAAUUCACAUCAACGUUUUGAACAACGUGAAGGUGCCAUAUUGGCACUUGGAUAUAUUUGUUCUUAUCUAAUUUAUUUUCGUAAACAAUCACUACCAAUUCAAGAAUACAUUAAACGUACCAAAGAUUAUUUUUUAAAAACGUUUAUAUCGUUAACGAAUGAUCAACAACAAUAUCAGUUGGCAAUUAUUGUUGCCAUAGGACAGAUGGCACGAAUGCGUUUAUUCGGUGAAACUGAUGAAAAAUAUUUAUCAUCAAUCUUUGACCAAUUUAAACGUAAAAUAUCCAGUAUUAAUGAAACAAAUAAAUUGAAAGAAAAAUCUAUACAAACACUCGGCUAUUUAUCCCUAUGCUAUAAACAGCAUAGAAAACCGAUAAUCGAUAUAUUAAUACAGUCAAUUAUUGAUACGAAACAAAUUGAACUUCACUUAAAUAUAGGAGAUGCUCUUGUGUGUUGUCUGUUGAAUGAUGAGUCACCAAUUUUGUCUGAUCCUUAUUUAUUACUGGAUGAAAAACAAGUAAUAGAAAUCGAUGAUAGUAAACAGCGUGAAGAAUUAAUUCAAUAUUUAUUUGAUCACAUUUUACAUUAUUCGAGUGAUAUAGACAAUCCUCAUUCACGUCAAGCUGCAUUGGUUUGGCUUCUCUCAUUUUUAAUCUAUUGUCGUCGACCAUAUUUAGAUAGUGAGAAAUAUCAUCGUUUAUUAUUUGAAAAAUAUAUUUUAGAACUACAGAAAAAUUUAAUUUAUGGUUUGCUUGAUUCUGAUGAAUUAAAUCAAGAAUUAUCAUCGAAAUGUUUAAUUUAUAGUCAUGAAAUAAUACACAAUGAUCAAUUGAGACAAAAAUUCAAUCAAAAUUUGUUUGAAAAUUUCACCGAUAAAAGUACAUCGUAUUCAUCAGCACGUCAAACACUUACCUAUGAAUAUGAUAUAAAGACUAAAGAAGAAGAAGAUGAAACAAAUAAGAAAGAAAAAACAAAUACAACAGUAACAGCACCACAAACAACAUUAGUUGUUUACAAAGAACUAUGUUCAAUUAUACAACAACAAAUAACUAACAAAGCCGAAUUAUUUUAUUCAUUUCUAUAUUUAGCUCAUGAUAAUUCCAUUUGGCAAACGAGUCGCUAUGCCCAUUUAUUUCAUUUUAACGAAUAUGAAACACAAGCGAAAGAUCAUAUCUUAUGUCAUAUAGAUUUGAUUAUAUCCAAAUUGUAUCGACUUACAUUUGAUCCAAAUCCACGUGUUCAAACGUCUAUUCAACGAAUAUGGAAUAAAUUAUUUUUAAGUGACGAUCAACAACAAAAGCACAAGCAGCAACAGAUUAUUGAUAAAUAUUUUGCAUUUAUAUUUAAAGAAAUUUAUGAACAAUUAUUAUCAUCACGUUGGAGAAUAAGAGAAAGUUGUUGUUCAGCAUUACUAAAUCUUUGUCGAACACAUAAUCGAAAAUUAAUCGAUAGUUAUAAUUAUUUAAAAAUAUUUGGAGAAUUAUUUCAUCGUUUAUUAUUAUUGUGCGAUGAUACAAAAGAAUCGGUCAGAAAAUCAGCAUUACAAACUAUAAAUACAUUUAAACAAAACUGCUUAUUAACUGUUUGUGAUACAACUGUAACAACGGCAAACAGUGAUGAAACAAAUCCGAUAAAUGAUAAUAAAAGUCGUGGACAGUGUGUUUUGGAACAAAUAUUACCAAUUUUAUUAAAGGAAGGUUUAUACAAUAAAAAUGAAGAUAUUCAAAAAUUUUGUUUAAAUACAAUAAUUGAAUUUGUUCGGUCAGGUGAUCAUCAAACAUUAAAACCCUAUUGUACAUUAAUUAUAACUGCUUUAUUUGAAACAUUAUCUCAGUGUGAACCAGAUACGUUUAAUACUCUGAGUAUGAAAUUAUCAUCAAAUGAUAUGAAAGAACAAAUUGAUAUUGCUCGUAUUCUAUGUGCUAAAGCAUCACCAAUGAUGGACGCUAUAGAUUUGUGUACAAAAAAUUUUGUUGAUGAAACAAUUUUAGAUGAAUUGUCACCAAAAUUAAUUGAUACAAUUAAACAUAAUGUUGGUUUAACAACAAAAUGUUGUAUUGGUCAAUAUUUUGUUACAUUAUCGACACUAUAUCCUUCUGUAUGCGUCAAGUAUGUUGGUAAAUGGAUGGCAGCUGUUGUCACAUCGAUGAGUACAAAUCAUAAUCGAACAUUAAGAAAAACUUAUUCAAAUGUUUUGGGAACAAUUGUUCGAAUCGCUAAACCAUCAAGUAUUGAAAAUUUAUUCGUUAAACUUUGUUCAUGGUAUUUUACAAUUGAACAAGGUCAAGAAUAUCAGUAUGUUUGUGCGCUGACAUUAAAUUCCAUUGCUCAAUAUAAUCAUGAUAUGUUAACUGAAUAUGGAGAUAAAAUUUUACCAUUGAUAUUUUUAGCCAUGCAUCAACAAAAAUCAAGGGAAACUGAAAAUAAAUUAGUGAAUAAUGAUGAUGAUGAUGAUAUAAGUGCAACAACAAAUAAAGAAGAAAAAAUCUGGCAAGAUUUAUGGUUAGAACAUACGGGUAGUACAGCUAGUGGAAUACAAAAAUAUAUUAAUGAUAUUAUUAAAAAUAUAGAAAGGGCUAUUGGAUUAACUUCCUAUUCAAUGAAAAUUAAAGGAGCAAAAGCGAUAAAAACCAUCUGUGAUACAUUGAAAUCAUCAUUGAAAGAAGAGCAUGUCGAAUUAUUAGUGGAUGUUGUAUUAAAAGCCUUGUACGGAAGAAUAUACGAGGGAAAAGAAAACUUCCUUCGUGCCAUAGAAUCAAUGUGUUCAAAUUGCAAAAUCGUGUUGAAAACGCGUGUAGAUUUAGUCAAUCGUAUAUAUGAACAAAUUUUGAAAGAAUGUAAAAAAGAAGCAUUACCUUACCGAACAGUAGCUAUAGAAUUACUUGCAUCAUUGGCUGACGACUAUCAAUUUAAUGUUUAUGCUUUGUUUUGGACGUGGUUUGAGAAAGCAUUUAAACAGGAAUUAAAUGAUGAUGGAUCAAUUAAUGACAAGGAGGAUGAAGAAGAUCCACUGAUAAGUGAUAAAUAUAAUCGUAUGUUGAUAGAAUCCAUCCCAAAAUUUUGGCCAAAGGAUAAUGAUCAAAAACGAACUUAUUUUCUGUUGACAUUUGAUCUUCUCUCUGAUUUAUUAAAUAAAUCCACGUGGCAAAAUCAAAUAAUAAUUAUUCAAUCGUUAAAUAGAUUAUUAUUGAUAUGUUCUAACGAUCAAUAUUCUAUUGAUGAACAUUAUUUUCGUGACCAUAGACUAAUUGAACAAGUAUGUAAUCUAGGACCACGAACAAAAUACACGACAUUAAAACGUGAAACAAUCAAAUUUUUAUCGAUUAUAUUUGAAUUAUAUCAAUCUUAUUUGAACGACACAAUUUGUGAUUGUAUUCGAUUUAAUCUCGAUGAAAUGAUUCAUGAAAAAAAUUAUCACGAUAUAUCCGAGCAAGCAAAAGAACUAAAGAAAAAAUAUGAACAUCUUUUAGUAGUGAAAACAAUUAAGAUAGAACCAAUUACAAAUGAAACUGACUAUGAUGAAAAGAUGGAAUUUGAGACUAACGAUAAUUUUCAAGAUCAUUUCAAUUAG